AUCCGAUGGUCCUGUUAUCCCAGACGGAGCGAGCUGGUGGUGUCUGCUCGUUGGUCCUGAAGAAUAGGAUAAAUAGGGCCAUCUGCCAAGUAACAACGCUCAAAGGAAAGCAUCAGAGAUUUGAUCCAGCGGCAUCUUUGGAGGGUGACGAAGUUGGGAAGGCGACGCAAAACAAAACAAAGAAUCUCAAAGAAGAUAUCAUUUGUCAACAAGACUGAAUAAAGAUGAAUCACAACAUUGGCAUAGUCUUGGCAACGAUGGCCUUGGUCGUCGCAUCCAUGGUCGCUGCUGCCCCAGGAGGAAAACAUGGACCUGGUGGACAUGACCACGGACCAAGACAUGAUCACGGUCCUCGUGGUCACGACCACAGAUCAGGGCAUGACCAUGGUCCUCGGGGGCACGACCAUGGCCACGAUCGCGAUCAACCAACCGAGGCCAACGAAGUGGCUUCUCUGGAGCCAGGAAGAUGCACCAAAAUUGUGAGCGCUACAGUCACAGCGACGCAAUCAUACCAAACUCGAAGAAGAGUCGCAACGAGGACAAGGUGCGGUUGGCUUCAUUUGGCACACUGCAGAAAAUACAGGUGGAAUCCUCACGUGGCGUACAGGCAAGUAACCAAACUCGUUUACGUCAAUGUGCGCAAGUGUUGUGUUGGAUUCAUGGAGGUCAACGGAGUUUGUGAACCCCAAGGAGGGCGAACCUUACCCCCGCCGACCACCAUCAUCACCGCACCACCGGCCUCAACCACUCCUCGUGACGAUAGCAUUCCCGAUGACGAGAUGAUGAUGAUCGAUAAUUCCCUGCAGAAGUUCGUCUUCUUCGUCAUCGUCCUCGUCGCUAUCCUCAUCAUUGGUAUCGUCAUCGGAGCCGUGGUCGUCCACCUGUGUGGGGGACGAAAGGAGGUUAUGAGAAGAAUAUCAACACGAAGAUUCCACAGGAAAACGAGGAAAGAAACAACUAAAGAUUUGAACGGAAAAACAUGCGGCAAGACGCCUGAAGAUGACCCACCGCCUCGCUAUCAGAGCUUCAAUAAAAAUGAUAAACAAACCCCAUCAGCGAAGGGUGCAGGAGUAGCCUACCAUCCACAUGGUCAUGAUCAUUCCAAUGACCACGCCCAUGGUCACGGCUAUGGUCAUAAACAUGGACACACUCAUGACCAAACCCAUGGUCACACCCCCAACCACUCCCACUACCAACCCACUGCACCACCGUACGAUGAGGAGUACGCUAACGCCGAUAUGAUGGAUGCCCGACCAAAAGUAGCACUUCCGGUUCCGGGAAACGGCGUCAAAGCAAAGAGCUGCGAUGCACAAGCUGGCUACGUGGAGAUAUACGAAUCAGAGCCUAAAACUGCCAAACAUGGACAUUACUAAUUUCAUGAGACACAAGACUUUAGAACAAUGGAGGCUGAAUGAUUCUACUAUCACUAAGAAUUGAAUGGCAAACCACAGAUUAAGAAACUUUAGAUUUAAAGAAAUGCACAAAACUGACCAUUAUUCAACAUUUCGUGCAUCUAUUAUACUGUACACUUUACUUCACCAUGUGAUUAUAACGAAUGUUUAAUCGUAUUUUGUACAUUAUCAUAUCCAAUAAUAUUCUCUCUGAGUCUGAAUAAAUGUUAGAAAAAUGAUAACAAUUGGUAAAUUUACAUAUUUUAAUCACUUCUAAGCCACAUCUUAAUUGAUGACCAAAUUGAGAGUUAUAGGAUGGCCUACAAGGUGCGUGAGAGAUUGAUUGAUCGAUAA